AUGAAACUGUUUAGCGGUUCGGAUUCAUACAAGUUUGAAGAGGCAGCAGACCUUUGUGUCCAGGCAGCAACUAUUUACCGUCUGAGAAAGGAGUUGAACUUGGCAGGCGACUCAUUUUUGAAAGCAGCAGAUUAUCAAAAACAGGCUGGUAAUGAAGACGAGGCUGGUAACACCUACGUGGAGGCUUACAAAUGCUUUAAGAGUGGUGGGAACUCUGUCAACGCCGUAAAUUCACUAGAGAAUGCCAUCCAAAUUUUCACUCAAAGAGGACAGUUCAGAAGAGGAGCUAAUUUCAAGUUUGAACUGGGUGAAAUCCUGGAAAACGAUCUUCAUGACUAUCCAAAGGCUAUCGACUGUUACGAGUUGGCUGGUGAAUGGUAUGCUCAAGAUCAAUCUGUAGCAUUAUCAAACAAAUGUUUUAUCAAGUGUGCAGACUUGAAGGCUCUUGAUGGCCAAUACAUUGAAGCAAGUGACAUCUAUUCCAAACUGAUCAAGAACAGCGUGGGAAAUAGGUUAAGUCAAUGGAGCUUGAAGGAGUACUUCUUGAAAAAGGGGCUUUGCCAGCUGGCUGCUACUGAUUCUGUCGCUGCCACGAGGACUUUACAAGAGGGACAAAGUGAAGACCCAAAUUUCGCAGAUUCAAGAGAGUCGAACUUUUUGAAAAGCCUGAUCGAUGCGGUUAACGAGGGUGAUAGCGAACAACUAAGUGAACAUUCUAAAGAAUUCGACAAUUUCAUGAGAUUAGACAAAUGGAAAAUCACUGUUCUCAAUAAGAUCAAGGAGUCUAUUCAGCAACAAGAAGAUGACUUGUUAUAA